CACACUAACAUCCACACUCCUCGCUCGGCCUCCUCCCUCCCUCCCUCCUUCCCCUCGCCCUGCGGCCGGCCGCGUCCACACAGCGCAGCCGGGGCAGCCCAGAGCGCGGCGCACACGGGCACCAGCGCAGCCCCUCCCCGCGCCGCCCUAAGUCGUCCAGGCUCUCACCAGCGCUUCACCGCUUCACCGACGGAACCCGCCGAAAGCAAUUAGCCAGCCUCCCGGGCUGCGCCCCCCCAGGCACAUCCCCCGGCCUAGGGCGAAGAUGAGCAGGACAAGCGAGGCACAAAGUCGAAACUCAACUUUUUAAAACAUUAUUUGCAUGUGUGUGCGUAUGGGGGAGAGAAUGAGCUGAUGCCGAGGGUCCAGCCAACCCCCUUCUGCCUCCUCCUCCCCCUGCCGCUGCUCCCCUCGUACAGGCGCGCGCACACACGGCACUUGGGCCGGGUUUCCGCGCUCUGUCCCCGGGCUUGGAUGGGAGUUUUCAUUUCCGAAGGAGGCAGAACCCGUGGAGCGCGCUGAAGGGCUGGAGCCCCGUUUCUCCUCGCCAGCGCUGGCCGCCCGCUGUCACUCGCCCAGGCUGGCCAGGGGAAAGGACCCGCACGCCGGCUUUGUUGUGGAAAUCCCGGUUACCUGGCUAAUAACCCACACCAUGGAUAACUUAUUGGACUUUGCCUGAAAGGAGUCAUUAGUGCUAUUGGAUAUUUGACCAUCCUGGCCACAGGGUUUUUCAGAAUGAAUGGAAGGUCAUGCAGCAUGAAUCUCCAGCGGACAUCAGGAACCCCACAGGGGCCUGGGAUGGUCAGUGGCCAACACAUUCCUCCCAUCCGAGCCCAUUCGGGGACUCCUGGCCCCCCGUCCUGUGGCAGCACACCGAGCCCUGCUAUUGGAAGCCUGGCUAACAGUCUCCAUCUCAAGAUGCCCUCAGGAGGAGGGAUGGUUCCUCAGAGCAACAUGGCUGAGAGCCCCAUCCACCUGCCCGCCCUGAGCCCCAGGAGACAAGUGUUCACCAAUGGGAAAUCACGAUUCCAGGUCACCCAGGCUGGAGGCAUGUCAGGGCCCCACACAUUAAAGCCAAAGCAGCAGGAGUUUGGAAGUCUUUUUCCUCCAAAUCCUGGGAAAGGGGCUCUUGGCUUUGGGCCUCAGUGCAAGUCCAUUGGAAAAGGCAGCUGCAACAAUCUAGUGGUCACCAGCAGCCCCAUGAUGGUUCAGCGACUGGGACCCAUUUCACCUCCAGCAAGCCAGGUUUCUACAGCAUGCCACCAGUUCAGUCCUAGCUUACAGAGGGCAAUGAAUGCAGCCAACCUGAAUAUACCUCCUUCAGAUACCAGGUCCCUUAUUUCGCGUGAGUCUUUGGCGUCCACGACUUUGAGUCUGACAGAAAGUCAGUCGGCUUUGAGUGUGAAGCAAGAGUGGUCUCACGGCUACAGGGCUCUCCCAUCGCUCUCCUCCAACCACAGCUCUCAGAAUGGCAUUGAUCUAGGGGAUCUGCUUAGCCUUCCUCCUGGGACAGCCAUGUCCAGCAAUAGUGUCUCUAACUCAUUGCCAUCCUACCUUUUCAGCAUGGAAAAUAGCCACUCUCCUUACCCUAGUCCCCGACACUCUUCGGCCAGAUCCCACUCGGCCCGCUCCAAGAAGAGAGCGCUGUCCUUGUCCCCGCUGUCCGAUGGCAUUGGGAUAGACUUCAAUACCAUCAUCCGCACCUCUCCCACAUCCUUGGUCGCCUACAUCAAUGGGUCGAGGGCUUCCCCGGCCAACAUGUCCCCACAGCCCGAGGUCUAUGGGCAUUUCCUGGGAGUGCGCGGUAGCUGCAUUCCGCAGCCGUGUCCGGGGCCCAGCAGCCAGAUGGGUGUGCGGGUGGCCAGUGGUGGCUUGGCGCUCCCGGCCUACGGCGAGGACAGCUCCCUGGAGUACGAGCGCAUGCAGCAGCUGGAGCACGGCGGCCUCCAGCCCGGCAUGGUGAACAACAUGGUGGUGCAGCACGGCCAGCCAGGCCCGGACGGCCAGCCGGCCGGCCUGCUGAAGACCGAGCGCCUGGAUGAUUUCUCCAGCGGCGCCCUCGACAUGACCCCUGCGCCGCCUCUGCCACCACCACCCCAAGGCCCCCCACCGCCCUACCAUGCCCACCUGCACCUGCACCACCAAGAGCUCGUCCCCCAUGCCCAGACGCUGGCCCUGCCCCAGGCCACCCUGGAGGAAGAUGGGGAGAUGGACGAUGUCGGGGGCAAGCACUGCUGUCGCUGGAUCGACUGCAGCGCCUUAUAUGACCAGCAGGAGGAACUUGUGCGGCACAUCGAGAAGGUUCACAUAGACCAGCGCAAAGGGGAAGACUUCACGUGCUUCUGGGCCGGGUGUCCUCGAAGGUACAAGCCAUUCAAUGCCCGCUAUAAACUGCUCAUUCAUAUGAGAGUCCACUCCGGAGAGAAGCCCAACAAGUGUACGUUUGAAGGUUGCAAGAAGGCCUUUUCAAGGCUCGAAAAUCUCAAGAUUCACUUGCGGAGUCACACAGGCGAGAAGCCAUAUUUGUGCCAGCAUCCGGGCUGUCAGAAGGCAUUCAGUAACUCCAGUGACCGUGCCAAGCACCAGAGGACACAUCUGGACACUAAACCUUAUGCUUGUCAAAUUCCAGGAUGCACCAAACGCUAUACAGACCCAAGUUCCCUAAGAAAGCAUGUGAAGGCACAUUCUUCCAAAGAUCAACAAGCAAGGAAAAAGUUGCGGUCCAGUGCAGAACUGCACCCUGACCUGCUCACGGAUUGCCUCACCGUGCAACCCCUGCAGCCGGCCACUUCCCCACGAGACGCUGCUGCAGAUGGGGCCGUGGGAUGCUCCCCUGGGCCUGGGCCUGACCUCUAUCCAGCUUCCAUUUUCUCCAGCAAUCAUUCAAGCCGAAGUGGAACAGCUGCUGGGGCCGUGCCACCCCCACAUCCUGUCAGUCACCCUUCUCCGGGACAUAAUGUACAGGGGAGCCCCCACAACCCUUCCUCCCAGUUACCUCCACUCACAGCUGUGGACGCGGGAGCUGAGAGGUUUGCACCUUCUGCUCCAUCUCCUCACCACAUCAGCCCCCGGAGAGUUCCGGCUCCUUCUUCUAUAAUGCAGAGAACACAGCCUCCCCAUACCCAGCAGCUCUCAGGAUCACACCUGAAGUCUUAUCAGCCGGAAACAAACUCUUCUUUCCAGCCAAAUGGAAUCCAUGUCCAUGGAUUUUAUGGGCAGCUGCAGACAUUCUGCCCCCCGCAUUACCCUGAUUCCCAGAGGACCAUGCCACCCAGCAGUUCCUGCAGUGUGGUUCCUUCCUUCGAGGAUUACCUGGUCCCCACAUCCAUGGGCCAGGCUGGCUUUGAUGUUUUCCACAGAGCCUUCUCAACUCACUCGGGCAUUACAGUGUAUGAUUUGCCUUCAGGUUCUUCAAGCCUCUUCGGAGAGACUCUUCGCAGUGGACCUGAAGACACCACCUUCUUGCAAAUCAGCGCUGUGGACCGCUGUCCUAGCCAGCUCUCCUCUGUCUAUACUGAAGGCUAAAGGCUCCCCUGGUUUCCGCUACCACUGGCGUCCAGGACCUUUUUGUCACUUGUCACCUUUUAUGUUCAUGCUCUCAAAAGACUGUGUGAAAAGGAUGUCAACCGAAUCAGCGGAACCUACAAAGUCCCAGACGUGUAGGUUGGACUUUGGAGGGCAGGAAUGGACAGUCAGAGCUGGGCCUGUCAGGAGUGUUUGCAGUUGCUCCUUUUCCUCUCUGGAUUUGCUGGUCACCAGGACUGUCAUUGCAAAGGGAAUUUAGACUCUCACUGUACCGGAUACCUGUUACUUCCUGGCUGUCAACCCUCAAAGGACACCGAUGAAGUGAUGUGCAUGUAAAAAUGUAGUUUGGGUAUCACCCUGGCUGAAAACUCCAAGUAGGGAAGGACAACGCAAAUUGCCAGAAGCCCAGAGAACUGCCUUGCUCAGUGCUCGUCCUGCUGCUGGCCGAUGCCAGGCCAAGCACAACAAGAAAAAUCCAGGUCCAUGGCACAGCGUGGGCUCCGCUCUUGGAGAAGCCCCAGGUUUCCGGCACUGGCCUGGCAUUCCAGUGACUGGCUGUCUCUUUCUCUGCUCUUAGACAUCCCCGUGCUAACCAGUUGCUUUUCAGUGUUUCUCCAAAAGCAAAAUAAGAAGGUUCUGUUGAGCACAGUCCCUUGAAAGGCACUACAACUUGUUUUAUAUUCCAGAAACUUAUCGUACUUCUUUCAUUUUAAAGACUUGUUAUUUACAUCUACUUUAAAAGGAAAAAAUAUUUAGAAGUCUGUUCUUUGGAUGGAAAUAAUUAUUGUAAUCACCCCAGCAACAUACAUUUUGCCACAGCUGUAGCUCUGCCUGGCCCCACCUGGCAGCACCUGUGAGCACUCCUGGAAUGUUAGUUUUGCAUAUAGCAAAGGCUACCUGAGGGCAAGGGGGUGGGUACGCCCCCUUCCCAGUGCUGUAGCAGGAACCCUAGAAGGUUAACUGUUCGGCGACUCCACCUCAAAGACCUUAUUCAAAGCAAAAGGUCACUUGACUAGUUCACUCAUUGCUUCCACUCUGACACUCUGCCCAGAGACGUGCUAGAUGAGAGCACAGGGACACACUGAGUUGUGUUCCUGGGUUCUCUUGGAAAACCAAACUAGAGAUGCCCUAUGUCCAGUUGUUUUGCACAGCCUCUCUGCUCACCUCCCUCAGGAUAUCCAUUCAUCUGUCUGUCUCUCCCUUAUACUUCUCUCUCUCUCUCUCUCUCUCUCUCUCUCUCUCUCUCUCUCUCUCUCUGUUUUCUUUCUUGUUUUCUUUUUGGGCAUUGUAUUCACCCUCUUCUUCACUAUAGUUCACACAUGCCCACCACCCACUGUAUUCUGACCAUCAGCUCUUACCAAGGUCCGACCUAAGGCAGGUAGAGGAAACAGUUCUAAAAAGGUGGGCAGAAGAAGGCAACAUUUUUUCCUGAAACUCGGGUUUGAGGGCCUGGGAUUUUUACAGACCACUUGACCACUUGCUGUCAAGCCUGAAGAGGAAGCCAUUUUCUGUGGCACCUAGACAAAGCUAUUAAAAGGACCGAGUCGGCCCAGGCUACGUAAAAAUUAACCAAACCCCAAAGACACCCAGUAAAUUCUGACAUUCCACUACUGUCACAUUUCACGCUUUCUUUUCUCUCUUUAAAAAUGUUUUCUGAGCAAAAAAUGAAACAAUGGUAUUUGUCAAACAAAUAAUUAUAAUCUUCAACAAGACAAUUAAACAGCUUGGUGUCAGAUUUGGGAUCCAGUGACAGUUUGUAUCCUGACAGAUGGGUCCUUCAGUCUGGCUACACAGUAAUUCGUAUUCUGCCUGAUUCUGGACUCCAUUCAAACGUGUGGUACAAUAAGGUGAAUAAAGAACCAAGCAUGGGGUCCAUUUUUACAAUGCACUCAGUCAGUCUAGUUUCUCUGACUAUUGAGCUCUGAUCUAAGAAAAGCCAUCACCCAGACGCCCAAGUCUGCAAAAGAGACGAGUUAUUCACUACAGAAAUCUGCUCUGCUUUAUGAAAGGGUGCACAUCAGGCUUCCUUUCCAAGUGAGCUCUCAGACCGCAGGUAAACUACCAUCCUUCUUGCAGACUGAAACUCGUGUCACUUUGGCCUACGCAAGACUCUAUGCGUACUAACACUGGCAUUACUCCGGUGUCCUUUGUCACACUCGGGAGAGAAAGGAAAGCUCUGGUAUCUUUAGAGAGACACUCUAUCCAUUGCUAAAUACUGAUGUCUUUAUGGGGAACUCAAAAUACAUUUUAUUUGUGUGAUGAGGAGGAAAAAGAUGAAAAUGCAAGAUGGUUAUUGCAGCUGAUAUUGUCAGUCCUGCCUUAUGGCUUUAUAUAAUUUAAAGGGGGAAGGAGGACAAAGCCAGAAGCUGAACCUCAGAAACCAUGGAUGUCAUCUCUCUCUGGCUGGAGGAAAUGCUCCUGUGCCAGUCUCUGGCCUGAUUGUGGCCUUACUGUGGCCCUGCCCCUCUCCUGCCUCAGUGGGGCUGGAGGGAGCCGGGGCUCAGGGAGCAGCAGCAUUUGCAGAGCCUCCUUCCUCAGCAGGAAUUUGGGUCAGCCCCUGAGGAGGGCAUUCCUGUUAGCAGAGGGAGCACACAGGAAGCAGGGCCCAGCGCUGCCUACAGUGCGAGAGCUGAGAGCCAGUUCACAUGCCCUUCAGUGUUUCCUGAUGGCUGCAGGUUUGGGCUUAAGGCCUCAGCAGGACACUCAGGUUCCUUCUAGACUAUUCAUGCUGUCCUUAGAUUCCAGGAUCUCACCUGGCCAUAAAAGUUGUUUCUUGCUUGCUUUCUCAUGGCACAAGAUUUAUAUAUGCUUUUAUUAUUAUAUUUGUAGCAGUAAAAAUGGAAUGUGCAAAAAUUCCUUCCCUUCUAUUUCCUGGCUGUUUCAGUUUUGAUAUGUAACCAUUUUCAUAAACAUUCGAACAUAUUAUCAUUCCCCUAUUUAAAAAAAAAAAAAAAGCUGAUGCUUGUGAAAGUAACACACACCCCAAAGACAAUUAUCCUAUUACAUUAAAAAAAAAAAAACACAAAAAAAAAACCCAAUAUGCCUAGAGACAUUUCAUUUGCAGCAUUGUCUUAAUUCCCUAAAGUCAGUUAGGGAAUUGCAUCAAAAUGUCAGUUGUAAUUUAGCUUCUGAUCAGCUGGUAAAUAUCAUUUAAAUAUUUUCAGUCCUGUAAAGUCCCUUUUAUUCAUGUCACCCCCAAAUUACAUAGGUGAUUGACUCUAAAAUGGACAAAAGGUCUUGAGUGGAUCACAGCGUAGUUUCCACUGCUAAAACCGAGUAUUGGUGUUGUUUUGUUGCUUUUACGUUACCAGCCGUCAAGCACAUUAGUAUGCAGCCACAGAGGUAAAUGUUCCAUCUCCCCUAUCCAAGAACCUUGACUUUCAGUUGCCUUGAAGUAUUGAGAAUAGUGAUUGUAAAUGUCCAAUUUAAUUAUUUGGUAUUUUAUGUGACUGCUUUGACCAUGUCAUUUGAUAGCAGCAUUUUUUAAUGGCACUUUUUGUUGGUGGUAUGGAAUUUCUGCGGUUACUUUUUUUUUUUUGCAAUGGAUAAAGCAAAGAAAAAAAAACACUCAUUGGAGAAAUGGCGAGUGUAAAAAAGAAGAGAUUUAUUUUGUACAGACAGCAGAGCAUCCUGUGUAAUGUUGCUGACAUAAAGCACUUUGGGGGGGGAAGUGGAAAUCUGUUUUCCAUAAAUCACACAGACCCUUGUACAUAGUUAUAUACACUCACGUAGAGAAAUGAACUGCAUAGAUCAUACUGGAUAUGGGGCCGAUUUUACUCUAGGGGCACAUCUGGUGCUUAUUGUCAUAAAUCUUUUAAAGAAUUAGGUACACUUUUUUUCUAUUAAUAUGUAUAGUUUUGUGAUUUGUCACAGUUAUGUUUCAUAUAAUCAUAAGUUAUUUUGUCUUGUUUCAUGAAGUCCUUUUUUUAUGUCAAAAGUAAAAUGAAGGGAUUGUGCACUUGGUACAGAAUAAAACUGGAAAUAGAGGAUAUGCCCACCUGCCUGAAAUCCUCCUUCAGCAUGUCAUUUGAAAACUCAAUGGCAACAACUGUUUGUUUGUUUGUUUUAUUUUGUUUUGUUUUACCAUCAGCCUCCUUCAUAUUGGGAUGGCAAUUAUAAUUAAAAGCAGAUGGGGUGGGGGAGGGAGUGUCCAAGGCCAGCUUUAAAAUGCCGCAUUGCUUUGGGCCAGAGCUGCAGCCUGGAUUUAAUUAUAGAUAUGAGGACGAAAUGGCAGUAAAAAUGAAUGUGUCCCUGAAUCCUUUAC